UCCGAUCAAGUCGAGCAUUUAUUUCCAAGUAAGAAAGAGAUUGAUGAAAUCUAAAAUUGGGCGGGAAAUUGAAUAAUUUUCCUUUUGAGAAAAACUAACUUUUCUGCAAUGGCUCAGAGUAUGUUGACAGCAUACCUUCCUGUAUUGUUAAAACCCUACAGUCAAUAUAAGAAUGACUUGAUACAGUUUCUACAGAAUUUUCGAGUUGUUCAAGACGAAAAUUUUUAUACGCAUUUGGGACCUUAUUCGAGCGAAGAAACAAGGGCGCCUGGUGUGGAAAGCUCCUUACAGGACUCGGAAGAAAUUAGUUCACUUCCUAUGUCUUCUAUUUCCCCUAACGAACAAAUGCCUCACAAAUAUAUGAUUCAAAUACAAGAAAUUGCAAAUCGAACCAGAAAAUCUUUAAAUAUUGAGUUGGAUGAUAUCAUCGCUGAAGGAAGAGAGGAACUUGCGCAAGCUAUAACAAUCAAUACUUUGCGCUUUAUUGAAAUUGCUUCACAAGCAGUGGACGAAAUCUUAAAGAAUGUAAAACCUCAGCAAUCCAUAGUUAAAGACCAGUUUGAUAUUGUAAUAGAACAGUAUUUGCAGCUGGAGAGUGACUAUAGAGGAACUCACAUAAUGAGUGAAGACUCUGCAUUAGGAAACGAAAUAGAUCCACGUGUUAUGGCUGAAUUGGACCCUCUCAACGCUCCUAUCGAAGAUCAACAGAACAAGAUACCGGCUCAGCUUGUACGAAGAUACGAAAUUCACUUCAUUCCACCUACCAAUACUAAACCAUUAUCUAUAAGGGAAAUAACUGCAGUUGAUAUCGGUCAUUUAGUUAAAAUCAAAGGACUCGUUGUCAGAGUAUUAGACGUCAAGCCUCGUGUGACCGUUGCCUGUUAUAGUUGCGAAUCUUGUGGUUUCCAAGCCUUCCAACAAGUCAACUCUCGAAAGUUCAUGCCACUAGUAGCGUGCCCAAGUGCCGAAUGUCGCACCAAUAGAAAGUCUGGUGAACUCUAUCUUAAUAUGAGAGGAACCAAAUUUGUAAAAUACCAAGAAAUUAGACUUCAAGAAACUGCCGAUCAAGUCCCAGUUGGACAUAUACCUCGUGCAGUAACUUUGCAGCUCUUAGGUGAAGUAGCUAAACAGUGCUCUGCAGGCGAUUUGGUAACUGUUUGCGGCGUUUUUCUUCCAACUCCCCAGACAGGUUUCCAUUCUCUUCACGCAGGUCUCGUUGCUGAUACUUUUCUGCAAGGAAUGCACAUCGAACGCAACAAAAAGACCUACGAGGAAUUCAUCCCUUCUGUUGAAGUUGAUAGGCAAGUGUUUGAGCUUUCCAAAGACACUCAAGUAUAUGAGCUCUUGGCAAAGUCCAUUGCUCCUGAAAUAUAUGGCCACUUGGAUGUCAAAAAGGCUCUCUUACUACUUAUGGUUGGAGCACCUCUUCGAAGGUUCCAAGACGGAAUUCGUUUGCGUGGUGAUGUUCACGUCUGCCUUAUGGGUGAUCCUGGUGUAGCCAAGUCUCAGUUAUUGAAACAUAUUGCCACUAUAACACCUCGUGGCGUAUACACCACAGGAAAAGGCUCUUCUGGAGUUGGUCUAACUGCAGCAGUGUUGCGAGAUCCACUCACCAAUGAAUUGAUGUUAGAAGGUGGAGCGUUGGUUAUUGCAGAUAUGGGAGUUGCUUGUAUCGAUGAAUUUGAUAAGAUGGAUGAAGUCGAUCGAACUGCCAUUCAUGAAGUAAUGGAACAGCAAACUGUUUCCAUUGCCAAAGCUGGCAUAACAACCACGCUGAAUGCAAGAGCUGCUGUUUUGGCUGCUGCCAAUCCUGCUUACGGUCGUUACAACAAGAAAAAGACACCUUCCCAAAACAUCAACUUACCACCGGCACUCUUAUCCCGUUUCGAUUUGCUGUUUCUGUUGAUCGAUACUCCUAAUGAAGCUCAAGAUUUUCAAUUAGCUAAGCAUGUUACGUAUGUACACCGAGUUGGCAAACAUCCUGAAGAUGAGUUUCAUCCCGUGGAUCCUCAACUGAUUCGCGCUUAUGUUGCCAAGGCUAAAAGAUACAAUCCUGUCAUUCCAGGGUUCGUUUCAAAGUAUAUUGUCAAUAAUUAUGUGGCAAUGAGAGAUAAGGAAAAGAAAGCUGGUGAAUGGGCGGAAAAUUAUACUUCGGCAAGAACUCUUCUAAGUAUUCUUCGUUUAAGUCAAGCUCUGGCAAGAAUCCGCUUUAGUACUUUUGUGGAACAUGCUGAUGUUGAUGAGGCCAUUCGUCUAUUAGAGUCAAGCAAGUCCUCGUUGAGAGAGGAAUACAUUGGCAAAAGUUACAACAGUGAUCCUGUUGCAGAAAUUUAUCGACAUGUUUGUGAAGCAAUACAUGGUAUGGAUGGAACAUCUGAAGUUGUGCUAUCCGAUGUGGAAAGGCAAAUAUUGGGAAGAGGCUAUUCUCAUGAUCAGUGGGCCAAGUGCCUUGAAGAAUAUGAACAAUUGAAUAUUUGGAUGAUCGAUAGAAAUCUGGACAAAAUACGACUGGUUGCUUAAAUGAAAUCGAUACUAUCCUUUUGCUUUACAAUUAUUUGUCUUUCAUGUGGAAAUGCAAUGUCAAUCUCAUCUAGUCAAAU